AUGGCAAGCCGAAGAGGAUUUUCACAAUCAUUGAAAUCAUCGAGAUCCAAAAAGGGAGAAAAACAUAUAAAAAUCGCGAAUGGUUUGGAUGCGCCUCCUCAAGCAAAACAAGAAGAACAGAAAGAAAAAGAACAGUCACAAAGAGGUGCCGGACAGGAACAACAGGACUCUCCAUACAAGCAGUUGGACAAGGCGCUUACUACACAUUUAUGGUAUCAUGGUAUGAUUCCACGGAAGGAAGUCGAGGACAUGUUGAAGGUCCAAGGAGACUAUCUAAUUCGCAAGACCACAGUAGCCAGACAAAUUGUCUAUUGCAUUUCGGUAAAACAUCUUACAGACACGAAGCAUAUACCUUUAGUAUAUGCGGACGGAAUGUGGAUUUUGAAGAACAUAUCAAAACCUACAAUAAAAGAACUACUGGACGUAUUAGUUCAGACAUCCAAGCCAAUACCGCCUUCAGGAGUAGUCCUGAAAACUCCUUUUCCUCGUCCAGAUUAUUAUAUUCUGCAUGAGCAUAUAACAAUUUUGAAGAAACUCGGACACGGUGAAUUUGGUGAGGUGAACCUUGGGCGACUAAAACAAAAGAAUGGUGAAGAGGUGGACGUUGCUGUAAAAGUAAUGAAAGGGACAAAAGUAAAGAAAGCACAAUUAUCAGCAUUUUUUGAGGAAGCAAAAUUAAUGCGGCGUUUCGAUCAUCCGAAUAUAGUGCGAUUUUUUGGUGUUGCUCCGCAGGAGGAGCCAAUUAUGAUAGUACUUGAAUUUGCAUGUGGCGGAUCACUAAAGAGUUAUUGUAAGACUCAUAGCGAUAUUCCUGCAAAGAAACUUCUACAAUUCGCAACUGAUGGAGCACGAGGGAUGUGUUAUUUAGCAGCUCAUCAGGUUAUUCAUCGUGAUCUUGCAGCAAGAAAUUGUUUAUUAGGACAACGUGAUGAACUAAAAAUAUCUGAUUUUGGUCUCUCUAUUGCUGAUAAAACAGAAAUGAAACUUAAUAAAUUGAAAAGUGUACCAAUAAAAUGGCUAGCUCCAGAGACACUUCGGCAGGGUAUAUUUUCAAACAAAACAGAUGUAUGGAGUUAUGGAGUGUUGUUGUGGGAGAUUUUUAUGCAAUGUGGUUCGGAUCCAUUCCCAGGUGAAACUAAUCAAAAAGCAAAGGAACACAUUUUAAAUGAUCCGGUUCCUAUGUAUGCACCGAAAGGAAGUCCUCCUGUUGUACAAGAAGUCAUGGCUAUUUGUUUUAUCAAAAAUCCUGAACAAAGAGCAGAUUUCGUGAAAAUUCUGAAGAUUCUCUCACCAAAAGAGGAACCACCCGCUAAACCUGCGGAAGCAUGUCAAACAUAG